AUGGCGAUGCACAAUUUCCCCAGACAAGCCCUAGCGAAGCUGCGAUUGAGGAAUCGAGGCAACGUCCAAGCGAAGCGCCACUUUGUCCAAGGCGCUCAGUUGUUGACGAGAGCUCGAUCCGCCCGCAACAAAUCCACUUGCGUCUCCCUCGCUAAGGAAGCCGUCGAUGAAGCCGAUAAGGCUCUCCUCCUCGACCCAAAAGACUCCGCCGCUCACAUCUUGAAAGCCCUAGCUCUCGAUCUGCAAGGCCACAAAUCCUCUGCUCUUAGAUCACUGGAUAUCGCUCUCUCCCCACCAGCCGUCAAGACUCUUUCCGAUCGCGAGCGAGGGGAUGCCUUAUUCAAGCGUGCUGAGUUGCAGGUCGCAGUGAAUCGUCGGCGCAGGGUUGACUCGGCAUUGUCGGACCUGGUCGAGGCGGUGAAGCUUAGCCCAGAAAAUUCCAAGGCUUUUUGCCUCUUGGGUCAGUGCUAUGAGGAGAAGGAGAUGAUGGAAGAAGCUAAGCAGGCGUACGAGAAGGCCAUCAGGUUCCAACCCAGUUCGUCCAUAGCCCGUGAGGGUUUGGAUCGUCUGGCAUCGCGGUAA